AUGAUAUCAUCAAAGAAGAAUCAGAUGAAACAAAAACAAGUUAGAGUAACAACUGAUUAUAUUAAAGUCCCAUUACAUAAAAAAUGUCCAACACAGACAUCAACAUCCCCUUACAUGAAGAAUUCAUCAUCAUAAUUAUUUUAGAAAUUCAAAAGUUUUACUUCUAGUACAUCUCCGUUAUAGAAAUAUCACUUUAAUUAAAAGGAUUUAAUUAGUACUGUGUCUCACUUUACUAUUGAAAAGAAACAAAAAUAAUCAGAAACUGAAUAAAAAGAAGCGAUUGACAGAUUGCUCAAAUGGGGAAAACGAAAAUAAUCUUAAAUUAAAGAAAAACAAUAAAAAUUUUAAUAUGAAGAAGGGAAAAAUAUUUGGGAAAAACCCAAGUUGUCAAAAGAAACUCUUAAAAUUUUUUAAUCAGGGUUGAAACAUCAUUAAGAACUGAAUAACUUUAUAAAAUUUAAAGAUUAAUUCACAUAAAGAUCUAGUGAUUACCCGCCUCUGCAAAAACUAGACAAGUUAAAAAGAGGAGUCAAAAUUGUGAUUGAAGUUGAUGAGGAAAUAGAGGAUUAACCAGAUGAUAUUAAUGAUAAAACACAAUAGUUUAAGUGUAGUAAUGAAAUACAAUCAGAUACUACAGGCUCUUUGAAUAGAGAAAUCAGAAGCAAAUCUGACUACACAUCUAUGCCUAUUCACCUCAGAUAUGAAUAUGAAAUAAAGUUAAAGAAUGCUAAAUUAAAAUAAAAGAUUGAUGAGAAAGAGAAAGUCUUUUAACAAGAAUUGGAAUUAAAAAAAAAAUACAAUAGUACUGCAGAAUAAUUUGAGCAUUUCUUAAGUGAAUAAGAGAAUUUCUUGAAAAAGAAAUAAUAAUUUUAUGAUUCGAAUUUAAAAAAAGAAUUGGAAAAAAUACAAGAAAUUGAUUCCUAAUUCUCAUAUAAACCAGAAAUUAAUUUUCCUCCUCAACCAAUAAAAGUAUCUAAAAAUAAACAAUAAGAUGAGAAGUUUAAUGAAAAACUUCAUACUCUUAGAGAAAGACAAUAAAGAUAAAAAAAUAUCUACUUAUUUAAAUCAACUCUACCAGAUCUGAGGAGAAAUAUCAAACAAAAGUAUUAUGAAAUUCUUCAUAAAAAUGAAUUCUUCACAACUUCGCAAGUUUAGUAUCAAACAGAGAGUUGA